AUGUCCAUGAACCGGUUCAACACAGACACGCCGAUGCGGCAGCGCGAGGGCUCGCUGCUGUCGCCCGUUAACUACGACGACGACGCCGCCUCCCUGCACUCGCGUAGCGACCAGGACUCGGACAGCGAGGACGACCAGCUGCAGCAGGCGGCCCGCAACAGCCGCGAGCUGCGCGCCCAUGACCGCAUCGUCCUGGUCGAGGAGGAGGACAUUGACCGCCUCGUCACCGACUCCCGCAGGAAGCAGGAGCGCGAGCGCCGCGGGUCUGGCCUCGCCGUUCCCAACCCCCUCAACCUCUUUCGUCGCCCCAGCCUGUCUGCCCUAUCCGCCACUAGCUCCGUCGAGGACCUGCGCGCCGAGAAACGCAGCAAGCGCCGGUCGCGCCGCCAGCGCAAGAAGGAGGCGCUGAUGGAGCGCGCCGAGCACGGCGAGGACGGCGGUCUGAUGUACGAGCUGGAAGAGGGCGGUAUCAAGGACGGCAGCACCACGGGCGAUAGCAGCGACCGAGACGACAGCGACGAGAUGGAUAGACGACAUCUGGGGCUGAUGGCGCAGGAGCAUCUGCAGAGGCGGCGAAGCUGGCGGCGCUGGCUCCUGAUUCAUGUCCUCAUUGGCAUCGGCUUCACCAUCCUCCUGCUUGUCGCUUGGAAAUUGAGCAAGGCAAGGCAGCACGGCGGUGUCGCUGUCAAGGAUCGAUUCGUGAGCAAUGGCACGGCCUUGUUUGGACCUACGACAUUGGUCAUCAGCCUGGACGGCUUCCGCGCCGACUUUUUGAGUCGCGGACUGACGCCACGCUUAAGUGCCUUUGUCAAAGAAGGCAUCUCGCCCAAAUACAUGCUCCCGUCAUUCCCAUCAGUGACGUUCCCAAACCACUAUACGCUGGCGACCGGCCUCUAUCCCGAGGCACACGGUGUGGUAGGCAACACCUUUUGGGACCCGGAGCUCAAGGCCGAAUUUUACUAUACCGACCCCCAACGCAGUCUAGAUCCCAAGUGGUGGGGAGGUGAGCCAUUCUGGGCUACAGCAGAGAAGCAAGGCGUACGAAGUGCCGUUCACAUGUGGCCUGGAAGCGAAGCUCACAUCCUCAACAUUGAGCCUAGUGUCAUGGACAAGUAUAAUGGCGACGAGCAGCUCGAUAAUAAAGUUACAAGAAUCAUGGACUUUUUAGAUAUGCCCGGCAAGGAAGACGAGUCUGCAGAUCCCGCGCACUGGCGUCCUCAACUCAUUGCCGCUUACGUGCCCGACGUCGAUGCCGACGGACACAAGUACGGCCCCAACAGCACCGAAAUUCGCACCACCAUCCAGGCUGUCGAUACGAUGAUGGACAAGAUCUUCCAGGGCUUGGAGGUGCGUAACCUCACCGAUAUUGUCAACGUCGUGGUUGUGUCGGACCACGGCAUGGCGACGACGGACCGGACACGACUGCUGCAGCUGGAGGACCUGGUCGACACGAGCAAAAUUGAACACGUUGACGGCUGGCCGCUGAUGGGACUGCGACCCAAGAACCCACAAGAUACACAAUCACUGUACGAUGAGCUCAAGGAAAAACAGAAGACGACGCCUAGCAUCGAGGUGUACAUGCGAGACGUGGACAUGCCCGAGCGUUACCACUUCUCCCAGAAUGAGCGCAUUGCGCCGCUGUGGAUUGUACCCAAGACGGGCUGGGCCAUUGUACAAAAGCACGAGUUUGACUUGGCCAAGGUCGCUGAGGAUGAGGUGUACCACCCGCGUGGCCUGCACGGCUACGACCACGAGCACCCGCUGAUGCGGGCCAUUUUCAUUGCCCGAGGACCAGCGUUCCCACACCCCGCGAACAGCGAGAUGGAACCAUUUCAAAAUAUUGAGCUGUACAAUCUGCUGUGCGACUCGGUUGGCAUCACGCCUCAGCCAAACAACGGCACGCUGAGACUGCCGCUGCAGCCUAUUGGCACGCACACGGACGAGGUGGCGGAAGUACAGGACCCUUUGCCGACGGAACCCAUCACAGAAUCGACGUCGUCUUCCGCGAGCACGCAGCUGACGAGCGCGACCGAGGCAGCCUCGCCUGCUCCGACGCCAGUAGAAGAGAUUUCUGCGCCAGCGGAGCCCGAGGGAACAGACCAACCCGUAGCCGGCGACGGAGGCGAGGGCGAGGAACCAGAGGGCAAGCAAGAGCAUGGCCUACUGGGAUCGCUGGUCGGCGCUGUGGGCGGCGCUUGGGACUGGAUCGCAGGACAGGCUGGCAAGGUCUGGAACGACAUUGUUGGGGAUUCGUAG